AUGUCUGGUGUUCGAAAUUCUUCUGCUGGGUAUGACGUACAGGAAGACAUACCUUUUGCACGCGUUCCAGAUCUCGAACGAGCUCAGCAUAUACGGCUUGCUCUCGAGAGGUUGGAUCCUCCCCGGGACCAUGAAAAGAGUCACAGCCAGAGUCUCACAUCCUGUUCCGCCUUUUUUUCUUCCACAUCUUCAAAAAAAGUCCCUCGACACAAGAGAAAAUAUCCGCCUCCUGCUCUGAAAUUGGAUGUACAGCAUCCCGCGCUGCAACGCCUGGAGUCAUUCAUGGAUCUCACUGUUACGGAGCUGGGAAGCCGACAUAUCAAGUCCCAACGUAGUCUGCCCACUCUACCGACUGUACCUCUUCCGGUACCCACUCACGCAUACCGGUCUUCCAUCACCUUCAACGUUCCGAGUUCCUCUCCCACUUCCACGGCAGCUUCGUCUCCUACAGCCACGCUGAUAUCUGAUACAAACCUUUUGACCGUACCCUCUGCGCAUCCGCCCUUGUCACCAUUGACACCCCCGCCAUUGUCUCCUUCAACAGCGAAGCGGAAACGUUUCUCAAGGUUGUGCCGCAAGUUUGGUGAAACUCCGCCUCAUGAGCUCGUCUUUGGCGGGCUUCCUGUGUUUCUGUCUGUAGAGCCCAAGAAGGCUCGUGUGCAGAAUGCUACUUGUUUCGCUCCCAGCAUGCAGGAGAGCAAAGAGUCUCCAUUGUCAUGUAAUCUGGACACCUCUAGCACCAGUGCUUUUGGAACGAGCUCGAGUGAGAAUCUUCACCGACCCUCAUCUAUUUUCCUCGAAGACGCUGAGAUACUGCCUCACAUUUCAAGGCAGUAUAGUACGGCUUGUAUGCUGGAGAGGAAGGGCCGGCGGAUCACGCAACGGAACUAUGAGGAUAUUUUGAAGCGUUUGAGGAUGCUUUGA